AUGCCCAACCCGCACGACCCGGACCCUCCCCAGGACGACCGCGACCACCGAGGCCCGGCGUGGACCAGGGUCACGGCAAAGCCCACCCGCGCGCGUCCACCUGGGCCGCCCGUGUGGCCCCCUCAGCUCCGCCGCUCUCCCGCCUCGGACCCUGCACUCGCACACGCCCACAACGCCAGCGCCCCUCCUGCCGGUGCCGCCACCUCGACCCUGCGCCCGUCGACCCCGAACAGGCCGUACGGCACCACGGCCGCAGGCGCCUCGACCGUCAGCCUCCCCGCCCAGCCCCUCGCCCACUACCUGCCUCCUCCAGUCGAGCGAGACGCGCCCUACCUCACCCACGUCACCCGCCACCAUGGCCACCUCACCCUCGUCGCCCCGGACAACCUCGGCGCCCGCCGCCAACCGGGCACCCGCGACCCGCCCGACCUCGCCGUCGACGCCCGCGGCUCGUGGGGCGUCCCCUCGUACUCGGACGACGCCGACGCUCAACAGCAGCAGCAGCAGCAGCAGCAGCAGCAGCAGCAGCAGCCCAAGAUCAAGAAGCGCAGCGACAAGGCCCGCAAGAAGGAGCGCGAGGAGCGCCAGCGCCGCGAGCGCGCCGUCGCGUCCGCCGUCGCCAACGCCGGUCGCACCCCGUCGCCGUCGCCCGGUGUGGGCGCGCCGCAGCUCGCGGCGUACCUUCCCUCGCCCGCGGCGGCCAUGGCGAGGGGCAAGAGCUCGGGCUCGCUCGAGGUGCCCGGGCAGCGCGAGCCGCAGCGCCGCAAGAAGAGCCGGGAACGGGCGCAGGGAGGAGGCGAGGGCCGACUCGUGGGCGCAACUGAGCCAGCUCCUCGACCGCCUCUUGAACGGCCGCAGCAACCUGCCGCCCGGCCGCCUCGGCCCGUCCCGACCCGACCGUCCGCCUCUGCGCCCGCCGCCCCUGCCGCGGCGUCACCGGCAGCGGUAGGGGCGCCGUCUCGGCCUCGAGGGCCGCGCGCCGCGCCGCGCGAACCUGCGCGGCCGGCUCCCCCUUCCGCCGCCCGACCGCCGGUCACUGCGGCCGGCUCGCCCUCUGCUCGGCCCGCACCUUCGCCUGCGCCCGCACCAGCACCAGCACGAGGCGCCUCGCCACUUCCCUCCUCCUCUUCCGCCUCGACAGCGGCAUCGGCACCCGCAGCCGCACCGCCCUCUACUCGGCGCGCCCUCCCGCCGCUCAACCUGUCCGACCCAGCCCUCCUCGACGACCACCUGUCGCUCGGGCUCCUCGACCCGUCGCACCUCCUCUUGAGCCCGCCGCCGGCGUACUCGAGGCCGCUGCCUGGGGCGGCGGCGGGCCCUCCGGCGAGCUUGGGCGCGACGUCCGCUGAGACGGGCGCGAGCGGUGCAGCAGGAGCGGGAGCAGAGUCGAGCCCGUCGAGGGCGGCUCGAGCGAGCGGGAGCGCGUCGCAGUCGCCCACGCAGCAGCAGCAGCAGCAGCAGCGGCAGCAGCCGUCGCUCCCGCGCCGCAGCAUGAGCGCCUCGCGGUACUCGCUCCCGCCGCCGUCGCCACCUCCCUCGGCCUCGCCGCCGCCGCCUCACCCGGCGCAUGCGGCUGCGGGACGGCGCGUGGGCGCGCCGUCGUCGGGUUCACGAGCCGCGUCCCCCUCCCCUGCGCCCUCCCUCUCGCGCACUUACGCUCGCGCGCCUGCCGCCUCCAGCUCCGCCACACACCUCCCUCCCUCUUCCUCCGCCCCUUCCCUUCCCGCCGCCGUCCCGCUCUCGCCCAUCCUCACCGCCACGGCCGACGACGACUCGUCGUCGGACGACAGCGACGACAGCUCGCUCGACGUCGCCGCGAGCGACCCGCUCGUGCUCGCGUGGGAGGCCGACCGGUCGGCCGGGCGGUACUCGCUCGAGGAGCGCAUCGCGAGGGACUUGGAGCGGCGCAGGAGGGCCGAGGGCGGCGCGGCGGGCGCGGUCGAUAUGGAGGACGCGCUCGGCAGCGGAUCAGGAGCGUCCGUCGGCGGAGCAGGAGAAGGAGGCGUCGAUGGGGCUGGAGCAGGGCAGGGCGGGUCGGGAGGAGGAGCGGGAUCAGGCGCUCGAGGGUCCGACGACGCCGACGCCGCCGGCCAGCGCGAGGACGACGAGGACCUCGCGCUCCUGCGGCGGCGCAUCGCGCUCGCCGAGCGCGAGAACAACUCGCGCGGCGUCGUGCGCGCCCUGAGCGUGCACGCGACGCGCUCGAGCCUGAGGCGGGCGGGGCGCGCCGCGAGAGAGCGCAGGGGCCGCGUGAGUGGCGGGAGCGGGGCAGCAGGGGUCGAGGUCGUCAGGGAGGAGAACGAGCAGGGCGAGGAGGGCGGCGACGGCGGCGUGGCGGCGGCGAUCGAGGCGGGCGCGUCGCUCGCCGACCUCGCCGCAGGGCGCUCGGGCCCUCUCCCGCCGCCGCCGACGACGAGGGCGCCGCACGCUCCUGCGCCGUCUGCUUCCUCGACGCCGCUCUCGGCACUCGGUGCUGCGCCCCUCGUCGACGAGGUCGCGCCCGUCGUCGACGAAGACGACGACGACGCGGCCCCGGCCCGCCCGGCGCGCCGCAUCUCGCUGCACGGGCACCGCAUGCUCGCCGAGGCGGCUGAGCGGCGUCUCGCGGCCGAGAAGGCGGCGAGGAUGAGGGCGGCGGCAGCGGUGGCGGAGAGCGUGGCGGAGGAGCCAGAGGCCGAGGAGGCAGAGGACGAGAAGGUCCAAGCGGCGGCGGCGCCCGACACGCCGACGCGCAGCGCCCUUUACGAGCGGCUCUUCCCGUCGUCGUCUGCGCUCGGCG